CUCACUCUCUCAUUUCUCUCGAGUCUCGACGGCGCAACACAAGUUCUCUCGAGUCUCGACGACGCUUUCAGACUCCGGCGACUCCGUUUAGCUCCGAGAAAUCAUUCAAAGAUGGAGUUUCCAAACCAGAAUGAAGAAUAUGGUAAUGAGGAAGCCUACGAUGAGGGAAUAGAAACUGAAGAUGGUGGUUCUCCUGAAAAUGCAAGCAAAAGGAAAGAGGUUCCUAAGAGUGCAGACAGUUCUGUCCGAGGUAGUAGGGCAAAGAAGAAGAAUCCAAGUACAAGGUCUUGGGUCUGGGAGCAUUACACAAGAGAGCCAGAUAAUAGGAACAUAUGUAGAUGUCACUACUGUGGUAGAUCUAUGGCAUGUGCUACUGCAAAUGGCACAACUUGUCUCAAGAAUCAUUUGGAAAUCUGCAAGGAGUACCAAGCUUGGAUUGAGAGCAAUCAGGGUCAACAACAUGUUCUACAUCGGGAACUGCCUCUUUCAUUCAUAGAGAGUUUGGCGUGGAAGCAUUUCUGCAGCAAAGUUAAGCUAUACAAGCCUCACUCUCGGAGAACAGCAACUAGAGACAUUGUGGAGAUGUAUGUCAGAAAGAAAGAAGCUAUGAUGAAGCUUCUUAAGUCUAACAAGCAGAGGGUUUCACUAACAACUGAUAUUUGGGUUGCUCCCACAACAGGAGCUAGCUACAUGGUUAUCACAGCACACUUCAUUGAUGCAAGUUGGCAGCUGAGGAAGCUCACCAUUGGUUUUAAGCACAUCUCAGAUCACACAGGUACAACAAUUUGCUGUGUCCUUCUUGAAUGUUUGGCUGAAUGGGGAAUAAGGAAGGUAUUUACCAUCACUGUUGACAAUGCAACUGCCAACACUAAUGCAAUGGAGAAGUUUGUGGAGGCUUUUUGCUUACAAGGAAUUGAUGCAUUAGUUCUAGGAGGUGAGCUUCUGCAUUUGCGUUGUUGUGCUCAUAUCCUUAACUUAGUAGUUAAAGAUGGGCUAGGAGAGGUGGAAAAUAGUGUCUCUGCAAUUCGGAAUGCUGUUCAAUAUGUGAGAAGUUCAAGUAGACGAUUGGAGUCAUUCGAACACAAAGUGGACUCAGGGAAGAUGACUAGGGGAAGCUUGUCUUUGGACUGUAAAACCAGAUGGAACUCUACCUACCUGAUGCUGACAAGAGCUCUCAAGUUCAGAUCUGCUUUUGACAGAAUGGAGAAUGAGGAUAAGCUCUACAAUGAUUAUUUUGAUGUAGAAGUCAGUGAAGGAAAAACCAGAAUUGGGCCGCCUAGUGUCAAUGAUUGGGAUGAAGUAGAAAGGUUAGUUAAGUUUCUGGUUAUCUUCUACAAUUCUACUUUGGUUGUCUCGGCAUCUUCUACGGUCAACUCUUACAAGUGUUACAAUGAGAUAGUGACUAUCCAGAAGAAUCUCAUUUCAUUGAAAGAGAAUCCUGAUAAAGAAUUGAAGGUAAAGGCUGAAGCUAUGAAAAACAAGUUUGAUAAGUAUUGGGGAGGCUUGAAGAAAAUAAACAAAUUGUUGAUCAUAGCUAGUGUUUUUGAUCCAAGGAACAAGAUGAAGUUUGCAGGAUAUUGUUUUGAUAUGUUGUAUGGGAAAGACAGUCCGGAAUCAAAAGAGGUUUAUGAAUCAGUGUAUAAUGUGUUGAAGGAUCUGUUUGAUGAGUACAACAGAGCUGUGACAAGGACUGGGACUGCGUCAUCAUCACAGUCAUCUCAGUCUCAGAAUCACAGCCGCAACAACUCACAAGAUACGGACAAGAUGGAUUUUGAUGUUGAUGGAUAUGAAAGAAUGGAUAUGGCAUACUCAGAGAUGGUGAAGGAAACAGGAUUUCAGGAUUCAAGUACUGAGCUAGAGUUGUAUUUGAAGGAGAAAAUCGAAAUCCCAAAGGCUAAUCCUCUUGGAAUACAAUUUGAUGUGUUAGGAUGGUGGAGGAUCAACAGUGCAAAGUAUCCUGUUUUAUCCACAUUAGCUAAGGAUCUACUUGCAAUGCAAGUGUCUUCUGUUGCUUCCGAGUCUGCUUUCUCUACAAGUAACCGUAUCCUUGAUCCAUUUAGGAGUUGUCUAACACACUACAUGGUUGAAGUCUUAAUGUGCACUGAACAAUGGCUCAAGUGUGAGAUUCGCAUCAAUGAAAGAGGUGUUGUUACCUGUCAACAGAUGCUCGCGGAUCUUGAGCUGCAAGAUGAUCUUCAGAAAGAGUAUGAUGCUCCAAGAAACUUAGAAGACUACUAAAUCUUGAUUGCUUAUCGGCUAUUCGGCUUUGUUAAAGGUAUUUGCUUCCUUCUUUUCAUCUAUGUUAUUUCAGUUCUUUAAUGUCUCUACUCUUACUAAUCGACUCUUUUUGUAGGUGGCUAGAACUUGGUGAAUGUUGAAUGCUCAGAAGUCAGGUUCCAUGUGUGGCAGGCUAGGACUUUGGAUUCUGUGUUGCAAGUUUUUGUAACGUUCACUUUGGAGUUUGAAGUUGAACCUUUGGUUUUUAGACAAUGUUGUUUUUCAU